UGACGGCGCUGCUCAAGACAGACUGGUGCUGAUUGGUCAGCGCACAGGCCUGCUGUGUAGCAGCUGCCGUCAUCCCCUCAGACGUGCUGGGGAUGCUGACUGUGGCGCUGAUACCCCUGCGCUGUGCUCUGGCUGGUGGGCUGCGGUCUGCGUGGGCUCUGUGGACACAUCAGACAGACGGAUCCGUGGCUGGGAGCUGAAAUGAGAUAAGCGUCUUUUUCUCUCCGCCGAGGUGCUGCAGCGCGGCAGGACGGACGUGGGCACUUUAUCACCGAAAACCUCCGCGUCCGGGGAUUAAACGUAUUUGUCUGCAGACUGUGCCGCCGGAAAGGUUCGCCUUCCGUUUGUACAUAAAGGUCACCCGGAGGAUGGUCCCGACGCUGCUCUCCAGAGGUGAUGUGAGUUGAAGCGGUGGGGAAGCCGCAGAGGAGCUGUCCGUCUGUCGAGGUGCUGAUGCGGCUGUGACAGAACCGAGCAUGGCUGCGGGGAAGUUACUGCUCUACGCCGGCCUCUCUCUUUCUCUUUGCGCCCUGGGCAUGCUGGCCGUGGCGAUGUGCUCCGACCACUGGUACGAGACAGACGCCAGACGGUACAGGGAGCGGUGCAGGAGCUUUUCCAGCCGCCGCAAGGACCCGGGCUUCAUCUACAUCCCCAACAACAGCCUACCGCUGCGGGCCAGCCGGAGCAGCGUGUCCCGAUGGCAAGAGAAGCUGCUUUUGGCCCGGAACAGACGGCAGCUGUUCGCCAUGAGCGCCGCAGAUGAAUGUAGUAGGCAGUAUAACUCCACCAACAUGGGGCUGUGGAGGAAAUGCCAUCGGCUGGCCUUCGACCACGAAAUCGAAGAGAGCAUCCGGAAAGGUUCCAUUACUCGGUGCUCCUACAUCAAGUAUCACUAUUCCUCAGCUACGAUACCCAAAAACCUCUCCUACAACAUCACCAAGACAAUAAGGCAGGACGAAUGGCACGCCCUCCACUUGCGGCGAAUGACAGCUGGUUUCAUGGGCAUGGCUGUGGCCAUCAUCCUGUUCGGCUGGGUCAUUGGUUUGCUGGGCUGCUGCUGGGACCGAGGCCUCAUGCAAUAUGUGGCCGGCCUCCUCUUCCUAAUGGGAGGAACCUUCUGUAUCAUCUCCCUCUGUACCUGCGUCGCUGGCAUCAACUUCGAGCUUUCCCGUUACCCGCGGUACCUGUACAGCUUGCCCGAUGAUAUCGGCCACGGCUACGGCUGGUCCAUGUUCUGCGCCUGGGGAGGCCUCGGCCUCACACUUAUCUCUGGCUUCUUCUGCACUCUCGCGCCCUCUGUUCAACCAAUACCGAGGUCUACCUGUCCCAAAUCUCGACAGGAGAACGGCACCGUGUGCUAAAGCUGGCUGGGCCAGGCCAGCUGAACCCACAGACAGACAAAACAAACAAGCUAUUCCAUGUUUCCAUGUGUCAGCUCAUAUCCACUCUAUCCUGGUUACAGAUUUUGUGUGUGUGUGUGUUUAACAUGGGUGUCUUGAUAUCUUGAAAAUACAAGAAAAAAACCUGAAGAACUGAAGAAAUAUCAAAAAUUAAAAGUUGUGUUUAUUUUUAUUUUGUGGAGUAGAUGCAGAAAUGGAUCGUGACCAGGAAAGACGUGAAAGAAAUGAUAUGGAGACCACGAAAGACUAAAUUGUAACGAGUGAGUGCUUUACUGGUCUACUGUGAUUGUGGAGACGCUAAUGGAUUAACAGGUUGUUCAGAAGAUCAAGUAAAGAUCUUCUUAUGAUCUUUUAAAGCUUUUUGUGGAAUAUUUCACAAGCCAGUGGAUCAAACAUGAAACCAUGUGACUAGCAGGAGUGGGAUCACAUGAAUUCUCCAACUUCUGGGGUCCUUCCAGUUACUAGUAACAGGCAAGAUCCAGAAGAGACGAUCCAGGACUUCCACUGAUGUACAUUAUUGUACAGAAUAUUCAAGAGAAAUGACAACCAGGCAUUGUCACGUUGGACCGUUUUCAUCUUUGUGUCGGUGCAGCACAUUCCAGCGAAUGAUCCUAAUCUAACGUUUCAUACAUGCAUUCCUCUUUUACUGAAACUGUUUUGCUUUUUACUGAACCUUCAUGUUGUGAAUGAACUGUUGACUCGCUCAAUGCAAAUGUGUUUAAUUUUUUCAUUCUAGUCAUAAGGCUAAAUG